AGGCGGAGGGCCUCUAUGGCUUGCUUACAUUGCAGAAAGAGUAGGAUUAGAUGUAAAGUCGAAUCGGGAUUCACAACCUGUACACCGUGCAGACAAAGUGGUGUCACGUGCGCCUUUGAUUCAAGAGAUGGAAGGAAGAAUCGAGCCAAUUCGAAAGCUAUCGCAAAUGAGCUGAAAGAUCGCAUCCGACAUCUUGAAGGCCUGCUCAGGCAGAGUAGCUCAGAGCACAUCAAUGAGGCAGUUAAUGUUCAAGAACAACUACAGCAGCCACAAAUCAACUCUCCCCAUCCCUCCGAGUCCGAUUCCGGAUCUCAAUUCACACUUGCUUACGAUGAAGAGCCUCCCCCAUAUACGGACACAACUCAACCUAUCGUAUGGUCUCAAACCCAGUCCCAGCGGAGAGAACAACAAAACAGAUCCAUGCUAGCCAAACUCAUCCCCCAUCCGGUCAAGUUCGACAUGUCCGCCGGUCGCGUGCGUUUCUUCGGUCCAACUACAAACAUGCACAUCCUCUCGCGACCCGCUUCCGACACGUCCCGCAGUCCCGGUCCAUUCUGGCCAAUCUCAACUCUGGUCCAAAGCCUCAGUCCCGCGACGCAUGACUACCUCAUCGACCUUUUCUUCGACUGCCACAACUCCGCGCUGCAUAUCGUACACAAGUGGGCAUUCUUUGAUGAUCUCAAAUCCGAUGGCACGCAGUUUUAUUCUAACUUUUUGCAUAUGGCAAUGUUAGCUGGGGGAUACCGGUAUUCUGACAAGAGGCGAGAGGAUAUCAAGAGGCUCGCGGCACCAAAGGAAACAACUGAUAGCUCGAUCUUCCAUACGAAGGCGAAGAAGAUGGCGGAACAGGAGUUGAUUAACCCAGGAGGCAUCCCGUCUAUACAAGCGUUCUUUCUGUUGGCGGAUCUAGAAGUUGGUGUAGGGAGGGAUGAUACCGGGUGGAUGUUCGCAGGGAUGUCCUUUCGAUUGCUGUAUGAUGUUGGGCUGCAUGUUGAUCCAAGCGAACUGAGAUUAACGGAUCGCGAAGUGCAGAUCAGACAUAUGGUACUGUGGGCCUGUAUAAUGAACGAUGUCAGAUACUGGGCUUUAUACCUCGGUCGUCCCACCAUGCUCAAGUCCUCAGACAUCGCUCCCACGUGUCUGGAGAAGGACUUUGACCGCUUGAUUGAGAGUCAGACGCGUACGUAUGCAUAUCAAAAGACUAUAGAAACCCGUGUGUACGAAGCACUACUGGAGCUCAUGGAUCUACUGGAGCCUCUCUGCGGGACUCCGUCCAUAAGCAAGAAUGCAAAACCUUCGGAUGCUUAUCUCAAGAUAGCAACUCUAGAUCGCACCUUGAACGAUUGGUACGCGGACCUACCAGAGCAGCUGAAAUGGACAGAGGGUACCAUCCGCACAGCACCUUCAAGCUUUUUCUUGCUACACACACAAUACCACACAGCACUUAUCCUCAUCCACCGCGCAUUUCCCAAUCAGACGCAAAACCAGACACCCUCUUCCCACUCCGGUUUCACAGACCUCAGUACGCUAUCGCGCAAUGUCUGCGUCAACAACGCCAUCCGCAUCUCUGAUAUCAUCUCCUCAUACCGUGCCCGGCAUCCCCUCCAACGCAUCUUCGCUACGGGCCUUCAACACGUCGGCACAGCAGCAACAGCCCUCAUGGCCGAGAUCAGCAUGCUUCAAAACGAGCAAGACAGUCCACAGCGAGAAAGGUUACUAGACUGUCUUAGCGGGCUGAGUGAAGAUAUGAAGACCAUGAGCGAGACGUAUCAGCCAGCUAAGCUGAUGGCGAGCGUGGUA